GGAGAUUUAUAAUUUGCAGGUAGAGGAAGAGGUGACUUCAGUAAUCCUCAAGGCGUAUGCUGUACAACGGAUGGACAUAUUAUAAUAGCAGAUAGUAAUAAUCAAUGCGUUCAGGUUUUUGACUCAACAACAGGAGAAUUUCAUCUGAGAUUUGGAUCAAGAGGUCGAGCUCCUGGUGAAAUGCAAAGACCUACGGGCGUAACUACUCUUCCUAAUGGGAACUAUGCUGUAGCGGAUUAUGAGAACAAAUGGAUUAGCAUUCAUGAUCCAAAAGGAAAAUAUGUCUCUCGAAUAGGAAUUGGAAAACUCUUAGGUCCCAAAGGAGUAACAGUAAAUAAAAAUGGACACAUUAUAGUUGUGGAUAACAAAGGUAAUAACGUGCUGGUUUUUCGGGAGAAUGGAAAAGUUCUUCACAAAUUUGGUAGUCGUCCUUCAGAUCCUGGCAGGUUUACAGGUCCGCACUAUGCAGCUGUCAAUAGUAAAAAUCAAAUUGUUGUCUCUGAUUUUCAUGGCCAUUGUAUAAAGAUUUUUGAUGCUGAAGGUAGUUUUCUAACUUCUUUUGGAUCCAACGGAGAGGGAAAUGGUCAGUUUAAUGCACCUACGGGAGUAACCAUUGAUGAUCAGGACAACAUUAUUGUUGCUGAUUGGGGAAACUGUCGUAUUCAAGUGUUCGACAUAAAUGGCUCAUUCCUCUCAUUUAUAAAUACUUUUGGAGAUCCACUUUAUGGUCCUCAAGGCUUAGCUAUGACAUCAGAUGGUCAUGUUGUAGUCUCUGAUUCUGGAAAUCAUUGUUUUAAAAUUUAUAAAUACUUACAAUAACUUUAUUGUGAAUUUCAUUUGAAUUAGAAUAAAUAAAAUAAAAAAUUCUAAAAUUUUUUUUUAAUUCA